AUGAGUCCAUUGUCUCCACCAUGUUCUUAUAUGCUAAAAGAAAAAUCUCCACAUUCAAUAUCUAGUCUUGAUGAAAAUGAAAUAGAUGAAGUUCGAAAGAAGUUAGAUCAUCUUCAAUCAUUACUAAUACAAGUUAAAAAUCAACUCAAAUCUUCACCCAUCGACGAAGAUGAUGAUGAUAAUAUGAUUGAUGAAAGAAUCUUUCCAAAUACUUCAACUGAAUUGAGUCUUUUACAGACCACUGCAAAGAAUACUGAAGAAAAUGGAGAAAAGAUUGAUGAUUCAUGUGAAAAUUUGCCCAAUUAUGCUACAUUUUCUGUGAAACAAUCACAUGAACAUGCUUUUACAUCAUCAUCAUCAUCAUCAUCAUCAUCAUCAUCAUCAUCAUCAUCAUCAUCAUCAUCAUCAUCAUCAUCAUCAUCAUCAUCAUCAUCAUCAUCAUCAUCAUCAUCAUCAUCAUCAUCAUCAUCAUCAUCAUCAUCAUCAUCAUCAUCAUCAUCAUCAUCAUCAUCAUCAUCAUCAUCAUCAUCAUCAUCAUCAUUGAUUGUUAUUACUCAAAUAUUUUCUAUUGAAUUCGUCUUUAAAAAACCUGACGAAAGUAUUGCAGUGUAA